AUGCCUUUGCUGGUCGUUAGCUAUAUGCUGCAGUACAUGGACAAGGUUUCCUUGUCCAAUGCAAUGGUUAUGGGCAUCACUACUGACUUGGGCCUCCAUGGAACCGAGUCCUCUUGGCUGAGUAGCAUGUUUUAUCUCGGUUACCUGGCUGCCAGCUACCCCGUUUCCAUCUUGCUGGUUCGCUUUCCGUUGGGGAGGACGCUGGCCGUAGCGAUUGUCCUCUGGGGUAUUGUUCUAGCCUGCCAUGCAGCUGCUUCCACCUUCACCGGCAUGAUGGUGACCCGGACACUCCUGGGGGUGCUGGAGAGCCCUAUCAGCCCGGGAUUUACCCUGAUCACUAGCAUGUGGUACCAGCCAUCAGAGCAUGCGGCCCGGCACGGCCUCUGGUAUGCCGGUAACUCAAUGGGGGCCAGCGUCGGCUCGUUGAUCGCCUUCGGCUGUGCUCAUCUCCAGAAUGGCACCCUGUCCCGUUGGCAGGUCCUCUUCCUCAUCCUGGGAUGUAUGACUGUUGUCUGGGGUGCGGCUCUCUUGAUGUUGCUCCCGGAUUCUCCGCUGACGGCCAAGUUCCUUCGGGCAGAGGAGCGACUGGCGCUGGAGGGGCGGGUCCAGGCGCGCCAGAAGACCAGCAAGACCAACAAGUGGUCCCGCCAGCAGUUUUGGGAGGCCCUGACAGAUCCCAAAAGCUGGUUCCUCUUCUGGAUCGAGGGCACGGGCUGCCUGACGAACGGAGUGUUGUCAAACUUUAGCUCUUUGAUCCUCGCCAGCUUUGGCUUCACCACCUUGACCACCCUGCUGCUCAACCUGCCCAUCUACUUCUUCCAGUUCAGCGUCGUCCUCGGCUCGGUCUGGCUAGCCCACCGGACCCCCCGGUCCCGAAUCAUACUUACAGUCGUCGGGAACCUAGUUGCCCUGAUCGGGGCGGUAGUUUUGUUGAAGUUGCCUUCCUCAAAUAAAGGCGGUCGAUAUGUGUCUCUGCUGCUGAUGAACGCCUCCAUCAAUGGGUUCCCUCUCUAUCUCAGCCUCAUCUCCAGCAAUGUCGGUGGGUUUACCAAGCGAGCUACCGUCAACGCCAUCUUCUUCGUUGGGUACUGUGCCGGUAACGUUGCCGGGCCACAGCUCUAUAUUCCCGCGGAGGCGCCAAAAUACACGACAGCUUUUACAUCCAUGAUGGUCAUCUUCGCCGUCGACGCAGUUCUCCUGCUGCUGUUCCGCGUCUAUCUAGAUCAGGCCAACAAGAAGCGGGAUCGUGAACAAGGCAUCUAUAUCAACCCGGAGCCUAAGGAUGGUGAAGUCAUUAACGCCGCCCCCUCGUCCGGUCGAGGGCAUGAUGACCUAGAAAUCGAAGAGCCGGCUGAUCAAACGGACUGGGAGAACCGGAGCUUCCGCUAUUACUUGUAGGGUGGCACGGAGGACGCCCACCAUGCCGAGCGACCAGCUCUGUAGUCAAGUAUAGUAUAUCGAGGUGACUAGCUAUUCGCUCCUGUCUGAUGUAUUGUCUGGAAUGUCUUGUUAUAGAUAAAUUUUGGAAGUACCGAAAGAAAAGCUGUCUGGAGUCUAUAUUAUAUAGUUACCCCCGAAAAUCUGUUCUCUACCAACUAGUUAAAUCUACCAUCGAUAGGGUCAGAGAUACCACUAGCUCAAUAAUGUCAGUCCUUACCUCGAUCAUCAACCCAGACAGACCAAUACCUAUUAUAGCUAUGAG